AUGGAAGAACAAGACGUGCAUUUCAGACAUAUUUUAUUGUAUUAUUUCCGAAAAGGCAAGAAUGCAUCACAAGCACACAAGAAGUUAUGUGCCGUAUAUGGGAAUGAACCCUUGAAAGAAAGGCAGUGUCAAAAUUGGUUUGCCAAAUUUCGUUCUGGUGAUUUUUCACUGAAAAAUGCUCAACGAUCUGGCCAUCCAGUUGAAGUUGAUGAGACCCAUAUCAAGGCCAUUAUCAAUUCAGAUCGUCAUAGCACAAUGCGUGAGAUUGCACAGAAGCUCAAUGUAUCGCAUACAUGCAUUAAAAAAAAAUUAAAACAGCUUGGCUAUGUCAAGAAACUGGAUUUAUGGGUCUCUCAUCAGCUUAAGGAAAUUCAUUUGAUGCCACGCAUUAGCAUCUGUGAUUUGCUUCUGAAACGCAACAAAAUUCAUCCAUUUCUGAAACAACUGAUUACUGGCGACGAAAAGUGGAUAGUUUAUAACAACGUUAAUCGGAAAAGAUCGUGGGUGAUGCAAGAUGAACCAGCCCAGACGACACCAAAAACUGAGAUUCGCCAAAAAGGGAUUAUGCUUAAGGUGGGAUUAUAA